AAUUCUGCAAGUAGUUCUGAUUUACUAUCGCUGUUCUCUAGCUGGUCUAAAACCGCUUUUGACCUAAAGGGACACUUUUUGGACCCCAUGGACUUUUCUAAGUUUCCAGGCAGAAAGAACAGUAAAAAUGCAGGCAGGGCACAGGACAAAGCACUCGGGACAAAAUGUAUGUGAAAUGCUUUGAAACAUGAAUGUCAGUUUUUAAAAUUUUCAAACUUCCCGCCGUUUCCGGCCCCCAUACGUCCUGUACGUCUGGACGCUUGCAGGGACGGGAACACGGAACACGGAUGCCGGCAUCGGCCGGAGGAGAUGGCCGGGGACGCUGCAGGGGACACAU